AUGUGCAGGCAAGUCGACCAUUUUGAGAUUGCUCUUCAGAUAAAUAUAGAUGGUCAAGAUAUCCGGGCAGUAACACUUGAAAGCCUUAGGAAGUCUAUUGGUGUUGUUCCACAAGAUACUGUACUAUUUAAUGACACUAUAUAUCACAACAUUCAUUAUGGUCGUCUUUCAGCAACAGAGGAGGAGGUAUAUGAUGCAGCUCGGAGGGCCUCAAUUCACGAUACUAUCAUGAAGUUCCCAGAAAAUUAUUCAACUGUGGUGGGGGAAAGAGGUCUUAAGUUAAGUGGCGGUGAAAAGCAACGAGUAGCACUAGCACGCGCAUUCUUGAAAGCACCUCCUAUACUGUUCUGUGAUGAAGCUACUAGUGCCCUUGAUAGCACAACAGAAGCAGAGAUCUUGAAUGCAUUGAAAUCUCUUGCAAAUGAUCGAACGUCAAUCUUUAUUGCUCAUAGGCUUACAACUGCAAUGCAGUGUGAUGAGAUUAUAGUUUUGGAGAACGGGAAGGUUGUUGAACAAGGACCACAUGAGGUUCUCUUAUCGAAGUCUGGAAGAUAUGCACAACUUUGGGCACAGCAGAAUACCACUGUUGAUUCCAUUGAUGCCUCCUUGAAACUAGAGGCAUAA